UUCCUACCUAGCUAUUUGAUAUCUCCCUUCAAAAGGCUUCAAAAUCCUUUGGAAAGAGUUGAAAGUCGUUUGGGUAAAAAAUGCCGAGCAAGGGCGCCACUGAGGAAGCCAAGGUUCCACUGUUGGAAGACCUAGCUUCAUUAGUGAAUAACGAAACAUCAAAAGAUUUACGACACGAUCAUGAUAGUGAUGAUGGGGUUGAUGAGCAAUUAUCUCUAGCAUGUAGAGUUAAGAUUGAAUCAAAGAAGCUAUGGCACAUAGUGGGUCCAGCCAUCUUCAGCCGCAUCGCCUCUUACUCCAUGCUCGUCAUCACCCAAGCCUUCGCCGGCCACCUCGGCGACCUAGAACUUGCCGCUAUCUCCAUCGCUAAUAAUGUCAUCGUCGGAUUCGACUUUGGCCUACUCUUGGGAAUGGCGAGUGCUUUGGAAACCCUAUGCGGACAAGCCUAUGGGGCGAAGAAAUACUAUAUGUUGGGUGUAUACAUGCAACGUUCAUGGAUAGUCUUAUCCAUAUGUUGCGUUUUCCUACUCCCUAUCUACCUAUUCGCCACGCCGGUGCUAAAGCUGUUAGGACAGCCGCACGACGUGGCGGAGUUAUCUGGUGUGGCGGCGAUGUGCAUGAUUCCACUCCACUUCAGCUUCGCUUUCCAGUUCCCUUUGCAGAGAUUCUUGCAGAGCCAGCUAAAGACUGGUGUUAUCGCUUGGGUGUCGCUGGCGGCGCUGAUUAUUCACAUCGUCAUCAGUUGGCUAUUUGUGUUCCAAUUCAAGCUAGGCGUUAUCGGCACGGCCUUAACUAUCAACUUCUCUUGGUGGACCUUGGUCUUCGGGCUUUUGGGCUACACCCUCUGCGGUGGCUGUCCGACCACUUGGGCCGGUUUCUCAACCGAAGCCUUCUCUGGUCUCUGGGAGUUCACCAAACUCUCUAUUUCUUCUGGGGUUAUGCUAUGCUUGGAAAAUUGGUAUUAUAGAAUACUGAUACUGAUGACUGGAAACUUGAAAAACGCAGAGAUUGCUUUAGACGCUUUAUCGAUAUGCAUGACGAUUAAUGGGUGGGAGAUGAUGAUUCCUUUGGCAUUCUUCGCUGGAACCGGAGUAAGAGUGGCAAAUGAGCUCGGAGCUGGAAAUGGAAAAGGGGCAAAGUUCGCGACUAUAGUGUCAGUGAUGACAUCAAUAGUAAUCGGGCUCUUCUUUUGGAUUUUGAUUAUGAUUUUCCACAAUGAGAUCGCCUUGAUAUUCUCUUCAAGCAAAGCAGUCCUUGAAGCAGUUAAUAAACUCUCUCUCCUCUUGGCCUUCACUAUUCUCCUCAAUAGUGUUCAACCUGUCCUCUCUGGAGUGGCUGUGGGAUCUGGGUGGCAGUCGUAUGUAGCAUACAUAAACUUAGGUUGCUAUUACCUCAUUGGGGUGCCAUUUGGGUUUUUGAUGGGUUGGGGAUUCCAUCAGGGAGUUAUGGGAAUUUGGGCUGGCAUGAUAUUUGGAGGGACGGCAGUUCAGACCUUGAUAUUGGCCAUCAUUACUAUUCGAUGUGAUUGGGAGAAAGAGGCAGAGAAAGCAAAUAAGCAUGUAUUAAAGUGGGCAGAAGAAUCAAAGCAAGAAGGGUUGUAAUACAUAUAUAUUUUUUGUCGGAGUAAUACAUAUAUCUUUUGUGUUGCCACAAAAAUGGAAAAAAAAUCCUGGGUAGUUUGAUAGGCAUUCUCUUAAUUAGGUCGUAUUGAUAUGAGUGCUAAGAGCAACCUCGUCUUUCAACCUUUUAGUCAAUUUUUGCUUUUGAAAACACGUGCUAGAGUAUUUUUUUAUAAUUUUUUUUACGAUGGUGUUUGUUGUAGUUCCAAUAUAUAAUUGGUAAAAUUUCAAAAAAUUCUAAAUAAUUUACAGUGUCAAAAACAAAUUUAUAUUUUUUCGAACAUGCGUGAUAAUCGGAAUAUCAAGAACUCUAUUUUCGGCACUGUAAACUAUUCAAAAAUUUUCAAAAAUUUACAGGAAGAAUGUUGUAACUACAGCGUACACCUCCAUGAAAAAACAAAAAUUGGAAAAAAAAAAUACUUUAGUAUGUUUUUUUUUAGGCGAAAGUUGAUUAAAAGAUUGAAUUAGGAGGUUGACUAGAGUACUCCUCCGAAUGAAAAUUUAUUAAUAAUAUUUUUAGUUUUAAAAUAA